AUUUCUAUGACAGAAAACAUCAAUUGAAAGACGGGAAACCAGAAUAUAAUAGUAAUAUACAUAGAGAGAUAAUACACAGAGUGGGGGAUUUCCUUUUACACAGAUCCAAUUACGCCUAUCCUUUCCCUCCAGUCAAGAGUCUUUUGACUCCGUUCGCUGCUCAUUGCCAUGGCGUUUCCAGCAUUCCCGGAACGCCUCCAUCUGUAGAUUGAAACAGGACUAAGUCAGUAUUUAUAUAGCCUUCUAAUGUACUCAGCAUGCAUGUGUUACGAGAUACAGUGGAUGUACUGGAGUUUAAGCUGGGGCGCAUAAAUAAUAGCCUGGCGGGGUUGAGAAAGCGCUCGGCGGCCAAAAAGCCUUGGACGUACUUCUUUUUUACAUGCUCGCCAGUCUCUCUUCUCGUAGUAGCAAUCGUUCAUCUUCAGCUGCUCCGCUGUUGUCCCCAAUGGCCUCUCGUUAGCAUCCCCCCUUGCCGUCUUUAAAAAGGGUCGCCGUCUUACCUGCGCAUCCGGUGCUGAAGAUCCGCUUGUCCCUACAGAAUUGGAUUGGAGCGUUAGCCGACCAGUCCAAAGCGAAGACCUUGUUCCCUGGCCCCAGGAGACGGAGAAGAGAGGGUUCAUACCAUUCAUCAGGUUCAUCAUCGUCCACUGUCUGCGUUACCGGCGGAUUGUUCUCUGAUUUGGACAUUGCGAGGAAGUUUCUUUUGCUGUGGUUGGAGAGAAGUAAAGACUGUGGAGGUUCUGUGGCCGGAGAUCGAUAUAAAACAAAUUGAUUCGUACUUAGAACAAUUUCCCCGCCACGCGGAGGAACCAUCUACUUCACUACUACAAAAUGGCCACCAACCCCGUCCUCCUUUCCAAAAGGUUGAACGUGCUGGUCUACUCCGGUGCGCAAACCUACUCUGAUUGGAAAGGCAAUAUUCUGACCCCCGCUGCUCCAGGAAAUGGAACUACUGUCGAUGCCGUCCGCCACUGCCUCUACUCUUUCCGCCGGCUCCUGUCUGCGAACUACGCCGUGAUCCCCGUCACGGGGGAGAUGAUCGUCAACGAGCCUUGGACUGCUUCCUGCGCGCUGCUGGUAAUGCCCGGUGGCGCGGACCUGCCGUAUUGUCGGACUCUCAACGGAGAAGGUAACCAGAGAAUUGGUCAAUUCGUCCAGCGGGGUGGGGCAUACCUGGGGUUUUGCGCUGGCGGUUACUUUGCCAGCAAACGAUGUGAAUUCGAGGUCGGGAACAAGAAACUGGAAGUUGUCGGUGACAGGGAGCUGGCCUUCUUUCCCGGGACCUGUCGAGGGUGCGCUUUUCCCGGAUUUGUUUACGAUAGUGAGGAUGGUGCUCGAGCCGCGGAGCUCAAGAUAUCAAAAUCUGCACCGGCGUUUGGGUCUGUGCCGGAGGUCUUCAAGGCUUAUUAUAAUGGCGGGGGCGUUUUUGUUGAUGCGCCUAAAUACGCGGACCAGGGUGUAGAGGUUCUUGCAAGUUACACAGAAGAUCUCAGCGUGGAUUCCGGAGAGGGCUCCGCUGCCAUUGUCUACUGUAAGGUGGGCGAGGGGGCAGCAAUUCUAACUGGGGCUCAUCCCGAGUUUGCUGCUUCCAAUCUCGACAGGAAGGCAGAUGGCCCCGAAUAUGAUAAAGUCGUCGAUGCCUUGGCUGCAGACGAUGAAGCGAGGGUGGAGUUUUUGAAGGCUUGUUUGACGAAGUUGGGCCUUCAGGUUACCCAAGACUCAGCCCCUGUGCCAUCGUUAUCCAGACUGCAUCUCUCCUCUCUGAGUCCUCAGGGGGUUGUUGGGCUGCUCUCUGCCCUUCGAGAUAUCAUUACCGUGACUGAUGGAGAGGAGUAUAUCAAAGAUGAUGCGGACACUUUUCAUCUCGAGAAACCAUCGUCCAUGGGCAUGAGAGACCUAGCUGAAUCCCUACCUGCAGAAACUGCGAAAACUGAUCAAGGAGACGAUUCUGACAAAGUUGUCGAUAAUAAUUCUAUUAUUAAAGAAGUAGUUGUCCAUGACGACAUUCCGUCGUCUAAGGCUACCCCUUGCUUCAACCACCACGCAUUCUACGGAAAUCUCAAAGAGUACCGCGCACAGUCGAAAGAGCAUAUUCACGAAUUCGGCUCAAAUAUAUUGUACGGAGAGGUCGUCACGAGCACAAGUACCCUCCUAGAGAAGAACACCCAACUACUACGGAGACUCCCACAUGGGUUCGUGGCUACUGCAACAGUCCAAGUGGCCGGAAGGGGCCGCGGGUCUAACGUCUGGGUCUCGCCAUCCGGUCAACUAAUGUUUUCAGCUGUCGUCAAACAUGCCGUUGAGAAAAUGGCACGUGCUCCCGUGGUGUUUAUACAGUAUAUCGCCGCCAUCGCUAUCGCCCAGGCCAUCAAGAGCUAUGAUAACGGAUACGAAAAUAUGCCAAUAAAGCUGAAAUGGCCAAAUGAUAUCUACGCUCUGGACCCUACCCAACCUGACUCUAAAUCCUACACAAAAAUAACCGGCAUCCUCGUAAACGCCCACUACUCCUCCGCAGAGUACAUCGCCGUCGUCGGCAUCGGCAUAAACGCCCUAAACCCUUCCCCGACCACCUCCCUAAACGCCCUCCUAUCCGCUCUCGAGCAAAAAUCACCCACCAAUAAAAAGCUACCGCCACUUACCCUCGAGAAACUCCUCGCCCGCAUCCUCACCACCUUCGAGUCCUUGUAUACCCGAUUCCUGCGCACGGGCUUCGAUCAGUAUUUCUUCGACUCGUACUACGCAGACUGGCUGCAUAUGGAUCAGAUCGUCACCCUGGAGGCGGAAGGUGGGGUGCGUGCGCGUAUCAAGGGAAUUACGGGUGAUUAUGGCUUACUUGUGGCGGAGGAGUUGGGGUGGGAGGACCGCCCCACGGGAAAGAUGUGGGAGUUGCAGAGUGAUAGUAACAGUUUUGAUUUCUUCAAAGGGUUGAUUAAGAGGAAGGUUUGAGUUGGGUUGGAGGUAAUAUGGGGGGAUGUGAAUAGGAUAUGGGAAUGAGCUAUCCUUGUACUGCAGACGGACGUGGUGGAUGAGCCUCGGUGCGAUUCAGGUAAAUGACUGCCGUGAUACAACCACUUAUGUAGUUACGUGAUGCUUUGAGGGAUUUUUCAUGUUAACCCCCUGUAGCGAGAUGUUGAUCGUUGCGGUUCUAGAUGUAGAGAUACAUAUUAUACUCUCUGUUCCUCGUAAAAAAUGCCUUUCGUCGGAUUUUUAUUCCUUUAUCGCCCCCUUAACAUAGGGGAAUAUAUAUAUGAUGUAUUGACAAAGUGUAUUUUUUCUUAAAAGCUCAAAAGUCUCUCGUAUCAAUUGACCCAUCGCCCUCUUCUCUUUUCCCCAUCUACGUGUGUUCCCUCGAAAAAUACUAGAAGAUGAACCAAUAAUGAAAAC